AUCUGCUAGUUCUGAGGAUUGUUAACGGACACACAAACACACAAACACACAAACACACACACAAACACACACACACACACGCACACACAUCAAGUUCCAUAGAAAAUGCAGAUCGACAAAAAUAAACAGAUACUCAAAACAAAUUAACACAACAUUUUCGCUCUGUUCAGUGUUGCUAGAGGCUGUGUAAUUAUGUAUAUCAUUAACUUCUGUCGUCCUCUACUUACACCGUACUCCGGAUGUCCUUUAUCAUAUAAACAAACUCGACAGUGUGACUGAGGAUACACACAACCCAACACACAUUGAGCAUAGAAGUAAGCUUCACGUGAGAGUGAUACAAAUGUGUUUUGCACAUAUUCAUAUUUUUAAUUUUUAAUACAAGAACUCAUUACCUUAGGUCCUUCAUCAAUCAUACCCACCUUCCUAAGUCGCUUGAUUUUUUUUUUUUUUUUUUAGCAAUGUUGUAAGCUUCAAUAACACGAGUGCAGAAAGUUUCACAUAUCUUUAAAUGAUUAAAAUACGGACAGUUAUCGUCGAUCAUCGCCUGAAUAUUUUCAAGUAAACUUUCAAGUUGUGUAACUUUGUCUCUAAAGAUACCGAGUCAGUAUUUGCUGAUUAACAACACCUACGAUGUCUACAUUAUCGGGUUUUCCCCAAGUUAAAGGAUGAAUAGACUGAGUUUAGUGAGUGGGACGGCAGAAUGUGUUCUUACUCCUGCCACUAGUCACGUGAUCAAAAGCGAGAAACGAAAGUAGCUCGGGUACAGUGAAGUCGAGAAGUCUUUGACAGGGUUUUCCCAAACUACACUCAAGCUUCACGGUUUAAGCACGAACUAAUAUCACUGGACUGCUGGCAGACGAUGUUUUUUCACUUAACUGCUAGAAGGAGGCACUAGACGACAUAGCUUCCGGUUUAUUCCCAUUCUUUGUUACGGCUCGCCGAGACUAACACUUCGCAAAAGGCCAAGAGUGAGUCUCGGAUACAGACAUCAGUCCAUUGAUACACGUUCAUUGUUUAACAUCACAGAAUAUUUUGAACCUUUUGCUACAAUAACUAGAGGAUAUAAGUAGAUAUGACUGUAUUAUUUAUAGUGUAUCUUGGUUCCAAAUCAUUGGAGCAUCAUUUCUGUUGACAACUACACACCUUACCUGUGUGCUCUUGCACUUGACAGUGACCCCAACAUAGCGAGGCACUCAAGGUAGAGGCAUGGAGAGUCUAGAGGUUAGGAGGCACAAUGAGACAGUCCUGUCCAGUCUCGAGGAAGGGGAUCUGGUUGAGUUUCUACGUGGAGGUUACUCUCAUUGGGCUGUCUAUAUAGGGGAUGAUACAGUGGUGCACGUGACAGGAAUAAACGACGAGGGAAUCAAGCAGCAGACCAAUGUCACCCACAUCUUUAGCUGCUGUGGUCUGUCCUUCAACAAAGCCGUUGUGCGCAAAGACAACUUCUUCAAAGUUGCUGGCAAAGACAAGGCCAAGUGCAACAACAGUUUGGACGAAAAAAAGAAUCCUGCCUCUCGACGCGAGAUUGUGAGGAAGGCCAAGUCCAGGCUGGACGAGGUGGGCUACAACCUCAUCUGGAAGAACUGCGAGCACUUCGCCACCUGGUGUCGCUAUGGAGAGGCCAGCAGUGACCAGUCCGACUUCUGGGUUACGGCAGGACUUGUGGCUGGUGGUGUCCUUCUUGUAGCAGCUGUAGGAGGUGCAAGCUACAUGAGAAACAGGAAGCAAAACCAGUGACACUAAACUCAAGUCUUGUCAGCCGAACAUGUCUAGAAGCUUACAUUAAGCGUCUGAAAGUUGAACAUCUCUAAUGUACUUACAAUGUCUACAUAAAAUAUACUGUCUGGAAAAAACUGCAGUUAUUUCACUGAAAUGAACUGUACCGACUGUCCGAUUGUUACACUGACCAUGAGCGACGAGGACAACAAAAAGUUGCAGUACACUCAUGUUUUAAUCAGUUGACGAUUUCCUUAUGUUAGAGACCUUUGUGAUAACAUCUUCAUUUGAUACAAGUAAGUAGCAUCUGACAAUUAAAGGAUAAUUGGAACGGGAGUACUUUUUUAAAAACUAAAUCUGUUUUCUGCUGUCUCAGUUUCUCAGGCUGCUUUGUGUUAAGAAUAAUAUGAUAAGUAACAAUGUUAUUUUUAGCAGUUACUGCUUUUUGUGUUAGAGACCUUUGUGAAGACAUCUCGGACGGAUACCAGUGAAAUCAUCUUUGUUUGUAAUAGUGAGCAAGAUAAUGACUGCUUAAUCUCCUUGACAACUGACAUUUCAACCUUUACUGUAUAUUGUCAACUAUAGGAUAUGUGAUAUGUAUUAUCUCUACAUGUGCACGCUUACCGCUACAGCAAAACAAAGCAUUUACCAGUUUUUAGCAAAUCAAAUGGGAGCUUUUAUGUAUGGCUUGUUAUUGCUGUCGUAAACUGUUUGUUGUCUUGUGUUCGUGUCGUAUGUUUGUUUGUUUUGGUGUCUUUUACUCGCACGGUGUAAAUUGUUGUAUUUUUAUAUAUUAAUGCAUUAAUGUAUAUGGUAUAAAUACGUUAUGAAAAUAAAAACAAUAACAACGAA